AUGCUGCAGAUUCGGCUUAGCAAGCCAUCCAGCGAAGGUGUUGGGGUUGCAAAGCCCUUGUCAGCGGAAACUGUUACUGUUGCAUGUCCUCAGCAUCUUGUCUUAGCCGAUCUUCCUGUAGCCAAGGGUCUCGGGUCGGCAACUGGGACUUCCAUCAUCAAGAUUGCUGGUCGCAGAUCCCGUCGUCAGCCUGGGGAGCGAACUCAUUUUUGCGUCCGCUGCGACUUCCCUAUUGCUAUAUAUGGGCGUCUGAGCCCAUGUGAACAUGCCUUCUGUUUGGACUGUGCUAGAAGUGAUUCUCUUUGUUACUUAUGUGAUGAGCGCAUUCAGAAGAUUCAGACAAUCAAACUGAUGGAAGGAAUCUUCAUCUGCGCAGCCACUCGUUGUUUCAAGUCAUUUGUCGAGACAUCUGAAUUUCUGUCUCAUAUGAAAGAGAAUCAUGCUGAAGACCUUCCUCCCAAUACGGAGAAAGAAGGAAACAAGUUAGAAACUAUCAGUGCCAGAAAAUCUUCUGCCUCUGAUUCCACAGUUCAAGCACCACCAAAACCAGUUGUUUACCCUAAUUCGAAUUCCCAUCAUGAUCAUGAGCCUAAGGAACAACAUCCCCAAUCCAGAGACCAACCAUCUCCAGGGCUAGUUUCGUAUUCAACGCCCAUGCCGCUAUUUUUUGGACCAGUCCUAAGUCAUACACCAGAGCAGCGACUUGAUGGUAACCAAUCCCAAGUGUUUGACAGGGUUGGUCCCCAGAACCGAUUUCCUCAGCAAGCUUUUGACUCACAGGUUGUCCUGCAGCAAGAUUCAGUGCCGAUCGAUCCAAACCCAGUCCUUGCUUCCUCACAAUUUGGUUAUGCCCCCUCUGUUCUUGAUGGAACCCAACAAUUCUUUGGCACUCCCCAUGACAUGGCGAGGCCAGUUUCAACACCAGAAGUCGGACCAGAACACGGUUCGCUCUUAGGUUUCCCACCAGGUUCUGCUGGAGCAUUUAAUCCUGUACAAAAUUACCCUCGAACCUGGAGUAUGGGGCCUGCUGCAGAUGGUUUCAUGAAUGCAUCUGAUCCUCAAGGAAUAACAUUCUUUCAAGGUGAUUAUGGACAGAAUAUGGGCAUUUUACCUUCAGCCACCAACGGGGUAGAACAGAGGCAGACUGGAAAUUUUAUGGACCCGAGGGAUGGCAAUAGAAUAUUGCCUCCACUACCUUUACCUCCACCAGCCUCGUCACAGUUUCAACAGAGCGGGCCCUACUAUGGUACUGGAAGUCAUGAUGCACCACCAGGCUUUGGAAGUGUCUAA